GUUGUAGUUAUAUACAUCCGGGACAGAGGCUGCUGCUGUCCUCGAGCAGACAGCAAAAUGGCUUCUAAGCUGAGCCGGGUUUGGUCCGGUUUGUGCCGGGUUCGGCUUCAUUCAGCGCAUUUGCGGCGCGGGGUGUCUCAGAGCCGGACCUCGAGCGCCGCUGGAGCGGCGAGCGUGACGGAUUUGCAGCCGGCGGCCCACGCGGACGACAGCCACGGACACGCAGAGGUCAACCCGUUCGACAAGAACCCAGACUACCAUGGCUUUUCAGACGACCCAUUUGUAGAUGAGUGGAACAUGAGGUUGGCUUUUUUCUUCGGCAUUUCCAUGGCCAUCGUGGUCGGGGGAACCUUCAUCCACUAUUUACCAGAUCACGGGAUGAGGCAGUGGGCUCGACGGGAAGCCGAGCAGCUCAUAGUACUCCGAGAGGCUCAGGGUCUGCCUCUGAUGGAUGAGAACUACUACGACCCGAGCAAGAUCGCCUCCUUCUUCCUCAGACGAGUAAACCAUGACCGAUCUCUUUCGCCACUCAGUUUCCUCUUCGUUUUUGUUUGACUGUACAUUUAAUUCUAGUGAAAAACACAAUAAAACCUUAUGUUAUUA